ACUAACUCUACUGAGGAUCUACUCAUUGUUCCUCUGGGCUAUGACUGAGGCAGAGUUAUACACAGUUUACAGAGGGAUCUAUAUCCCCAAAUAUUGGCACACUGCAGAGAGCCUGAAAUACUUCAAGGAGUUUUCUUUUCGUCCGGAUGAUAUCAUCAUUGCAACAUAUCCCAAGUCCGGUACGACUUGGACGCAGGAGAUUGUCCCUCUGAUCAUGAGUGGAGGAGAUCCGGCCUCUGUUGAGACUCUCCCCACCUGGGAGCGUGUUCCCUGCCUGGAGACGACUCAAGCCUCCGUCCUUAACCUCGAGGAGAGGCCGUCUCCACGCAUGUUAACUACACAUUUCCAGUACAACAUGAUGCCUCCAUCUUUCUUUGACGUUAAGCCGAGGGUCAUCAAUGUGAUGAGGAACCCCAAAGAUGUGUUCACCUCUGCCUUUCAUUAUCAUGGGAUGGUCUCCUACUUGGUCAACCCGGGCCCGCAGAGCGACUUCCUCCACACGUUCUUUGAAGGAAAAGUUAUGUAUGGCUCGUGGUUUGAUCACGUGAAGAGCUGGCUGAAUGCUGAACAUAGAGAGUGCAUAAUGCACAUCUCCUAUGAAGAGAUGAUGACGGACCUGAAGGACUCCGUGGCCCGGAUGGCUCGGUUCUUGCAGAAAUCUCUGGACGCUGAGGCGAUAGAGAAGAUAGCGGACCGAUGCUUGUUCAAGAACAUGAAGCAGAACAAAAUGUCAAACUACUCCACCGUUCCUCGUGAAGUCAUGGACCAGACAAAGUCUGAAUUUCUCAGGAAAGGAAUUGUUGGAGACUGGAAAAACCAACUAACACCGGCAGAGGCGGAGCACUUUGAUGCCGUUUACAAAAACAAAAUGAAUGAUGUGAAAUAUAAAUUUGUAUGGGAUUGAAAUAAAUGAAAAUGCAAGGACCGGUAGUGGACAAUCAGAUUGGCCACUUCUGCCAAAUCUAAAAAUACAGCAUCAAAUAGUUGAUGAUGUGGAACAUGUAAAUGAAGUCACAUAAGUUCAUCGGUUUUGGAGUAAAAACUUAAAUACCGCUACAAACAUACACUACUGGUAACAGUACACGAGCAGUGAGUAGUACGUUUAUAAUAGUUCAGAAACAAAUGCCACAGUUCGGAUCCCAGUAUGUGGACAUUGAUGUGUAAAGGCAGAGGGCUCAAAGAAUC